CGGUCGCCUUGCCUGCAACGUACACGGAUCUUAGCUGUGGUGGUGGCCGUCGCUCUCCCGCGCUCUCCGUUGAGCCCUGCGUCCUGACCAGUCUAUGGUGUUUCCUGGAGUCCCUGGCACCGUCAUGUCGCGCUCGGAAGAGGUGCACAGGGUCACCGAGAAUGUCUACAAGACAAUCAUGGAACAGUUUAACCCCAGCCUCCGAAACUUCAUAUCCAUGGGGAAGAACUAUGAAAAGGCCUUGGCAGGUGUGACGUAUGCUGCAAAAGGAUAUUUUGAUGCUCUGGUUAAAAUGGGAGAAUUGGCCAGUGAAAGUCAAGGAUCUAAAGAAUUAGGGGAUGUUCUGUUCCAGAUGGCUGAAGUCCAUAGGCAGAUUCAAAAUCAGUUAGAAGAGAUGCUGAAGUCCUUCCACAAUGAACUACUAACACAGCUUGAGCAGAAAGUAGAGCUGGAUUCACGGUAUCUAAGUGCUGCACUAAAGAAGUACCAGACUGAGCAAAGGAAUAAAGGGGAUGCACUAGAGAAAUGCCAGGCUGAAUUGAAGAAGCUUCGGAAGAAGAGCCAAGGAAGCAAAAAUCCUCAGAAGUAUUCGGAUAAGGAGCUGCAGUUUAUUGAAGCAGUGACCAAUAAACAAAGUGAGCUGGAGAACUAUGUAUCUGAUGGUUACAAAACAGCACUCACAGAAGAGAGGAGGCGAUUCUGUUUCCUGGUGGAGAAGCAGUGCUCUGUGGCCAAAAAUGCCCUUACGUACCACUCCAAGGGAAAAGAUAUCUUGACACAGAAGCUCCCAUUAUGGCAACAAUCUUGUUCUGAUCCCAACAAGAUCCCAGACCGUGCUCUCCAGCUUAUGCAGCAGAUGGCCCUCAGCAGCAAUGGUUCUAUCAUGGCCACACCUCUGUCAACAUCCAAGUCAAACCUCAUCAUCUCGGACCCUAUACCUGGUGCCAAACCUCUCCCAGUCCCACCAGAGCUGGCACCUUUUGUAGGACGAAUGUCUGCACAAGAGACCAUUCCAGUGAUGAAUGGUGUGUCAGGCUCAGAAGGUGAAGAUUACAGUCAUUGGUCUGACCGAAAGCUUCCUCAGCCGAAGUCCUUAUCCCCACCACAAACUCAGAAGCAAUUGAGUGACUCUUACUCCAAUACUCUCCCUGUGCGCAAAAGCGUAAUGCCGAAAAACAGCUAUGCAGCCACUGAAAACAAGACUCUUCCCCGUUCCAGCUCCAUGGCAGCAGGACUGGAAAAGAACGGCAGAACAAGAGUACGCGCCAUCUUCUCUCAUGCCGCUGGGGAUAACAGCACCCUUCUGAGCUUCAAGGAGGGAGACCUUAUUACGUUGCUAGUGCCUGAGGCCCGAGAUGGGUGGCACUAUGGAGAGAGCGAAAAGACAAAACUGAGAGGCUGGUUUCCUUUCUCCUACACACGCGUGCUGGACAGUGAUGGGAGCGAUCGAUUACAUAUGAGCCAGGGGAAAAGCAGUAGUACAGGUAACCUGUUGGACAAAGAUGAUAUCCCCCCUCCAGAUUACAGCAUGUCCUCCCGAACUUUCCAGGCACAGAAUGUCAGCACUUUCAAACAGAGGCCGUACAGCGUGGCAGCGCCAGCAUUCCCCCAGGGACUGGAUGACUAUGGGGCAAGAUCCUCAAGCAGGAACCCUUUUGCCAAUGUCCAACUCAAACCAACUGUGACAAAUGAUCGUUCAGCUCCUCUCAUCAGCUGAUCCAGAAAUGUUGGGUUAUGGCGGGUACCUUGCACCUUUUUAUUUCACUUUCACCUGUGUUGUAUUUCUGUGAUGUCCUUGUACAGUUUACAUGUCUUUCCCCACAACUCUGUUUUGGUAGUUAAAUGGUGUUUUAGCCCCUCUCCUUGAAAAGCAGAUGCUGGCGUGCUUUUCCUUUUGCUCAUUAGAAACAGAAGAGAAACUUGGCCCUUGGAGAGAGAUGAAUCUUGUGAUACCACGCUGCUAUACUGAGUGGAGACCUAGAUAGACCGAAAAGCAGGCCCUGCCUUCUUCGCCUCUACAGUCAUAUGCAACAGUCAUAAACAUUUUAAGAAUAGCCAAGGAGAUAGCUGAACCUUGCUGUUUUGCAGUGUCCUAUAUAUUUGCCAGUUAAAAUUUCUCUUGGAAGUCCUUUUUCGUCUUCUAUCAAAGCAUAUGGAUUUGAAUAGGACUUCAGACUUGUCAAGAGCAGCUUUGGAGCUGCCUAGUGCCAUGAAAUGAAAUGCACGACCCUAGUCCUGCUCACUCAACACUCAGAACUGCCUAUGACCUGGACUUGAAUCUCCUAAGGGCUCCCUGAUAGCUCCUUCUUUACCUUGUGUUGGGACUUUUGCUGGAUAAAAGUAAAGUAAAAAUUUUACUGUAUCAACAUUUAGAAGAGCUGGGCUCCUCAAAGCAAUUGCCUUAAUUUGACACUUUAAUUUUUAUUAAUGGUCCAUCUCUCCUCAAAUACAUCAUCGUGCUUGCCUGUGAUCCUUAAGUGGCAAGGCCCAAUGAUGAUCAAGUUAUCGUAUAUACAUUUUCUCCCACAUUAAGAUAGUUGGGGAGUGUUAUGCAGGAAAGGAAUAUUUUCUGUGUGCAACUAGCACCAUCUGUUGCUUGCAAAUUUGUUUCAUUUCACUGUAGCUUCAAAUAGACUGGGGUGGGACUCUUCCCCCCACUCCCCAUUACAAAGCUAACUUAAUUCCUACUAUGCCCAAACUCGCUUUGCAGUGUCUUCUUACUGACACAUCUUGACUGGUGCAGGUGUGUCCUCUGAUGCCAAAACAAGUUGGUUUAGACAGCCUGACCUCUACCUUGGUAUUGGGUCCAUGCUGUUUGAAAGGUCCUUGUUCUAUGACUAAGCCAAUACUGUAUUCCUAUUUUUUAAAAAUUUUCUUUAAGUAAGCCUUCUAAAGUAGAUGUUAAUUCAGUCAUGUAAGCUUUCUUACUAUGUUCUGUUCUAUUGGCUGUCAAGGUCUGUUAAGUUGUAAUGUAGACCAUUCAGCUCUGUAUGUAUAUUUAUACAACACAAGGUCAAUGAAUAGUUGUUAGCUAUUGAAGCAGCAGUUAUCAAAAUGGAACAGGACCCAUCCACCAUUUGGAGCUCUAUUACUGUUUGAAUUCCAGUUAUAGCACCAGAGUCUAGCAAUAAUGGGCAGUGCAAAAAUAAUUCCUAAAAUACAUUUGACUUCAAAUAUGGAGUGAUAGAGGCAAAUUAGCAAUUUUUUAGACCUGUGUGCUGUUCCUGUGCCAUUGCCCAUUCUGUCUUUUAAAUUCUUACUGAUCAAACCCCAGCGAAUUCUGCUGGAUGCAGUUUCUGCCUUGUCCUACCUAAUAGUAGCCCCAUCUAACUGCAUAAAAUCUAUAUCUAGCUGCUGCUUUUUCCCCUCAGAGAGAAAAGAUAAUAACUUUUUUUUUUCCCCUCUAAAAGUGGCAAAGCUUUUGGUGUGAUCUUUGGCCAGAUAUUAAACAGCCUGUCCCAUAUGGUCUUUUGCUUAUCCUGAAGUCAUUUCCAGCUGCUUUGCUUUUUCCAGUGGCUUUUUAAAAGUCACAGCUGUCUGGAAUAGAAGUUGCCCAGUCCCACCAUUAAAAUAAUAAUUCAAGUUCAAACUUGAUCAUAGUUAGCUUCUGUGCCCUCUCCUCUCAGUUUCUGAAAAACAUUAAGGCUGGUUUUCUAUGAUACACUUAGCCCAGAAUUGUAUUGUCUGGCUUAAUGUGUUGAGUGAACCCAACCAUUGUGGUUUAUUCAGUAAACCAAAGUUAAAUAACUGGCUUAGCAUGCUAUGUGGAUCCAGUUUAAGUCUCUCAUGCAAGCUUGGAGACUUCUGUGGUUUUCUGUUGGGGAGCACUUCCAUCAUGACUUGUACAUUUCCCUGUGGCUUAUGAUGGACUCCUAUAGAUGUCUCAAAAUCUAUAUUUUUAUAUAAAGAAAUUUAGCUAAAAACCAGUUACAGAAAAUCUCUAAUCUUGAUAGUUCAGAAAACCUGUCAGUAGCUGGUCUUAACUAAGGUUGCAAUCCUAAAGAAAAUUAUUUAAAAGAUAAAGCUCACUGGCCUUGUUUUCAAAUCACACAAUGGCAUGUGCUACAAUUGCAAUUUUUUUGCUGGAGUGUAUCUUUCUUCUACUACAUUCCUUUCUUGAGAAUCAUUUUUCUUGUUGUUGAAUAAUUUACCUCAUGGUCUUUGUUCACAUAAGUAUAAUGAGGUUUCUCAGCCACACUGUACUAUUUUGAAAAAUGGCAGUGAAUCUAUAUAAAUAUAUAUAUGCAUUUUUAAAAAGUUAAACUUUGCCAAACUACUUUGAGUUUUUUUUUUCCUUAAGGAGGAAGAUUGAUUCUUAGCUCCUUUCUUUGCUCCUGUAUCAAACCAGGUCCUUCCUUAUGAAAUAUUUCCAGCAGUGUAGCCUUGCUGUGGAAUUAUUUAGAUUAGUGUUUCUCAACCUUGGCAAGCUGAAGUCCACACAUCUUAAAGUUGCUAAGGUUGAGAAACUCUGAUGUAGAUGACUCAAGGAAAAUAGGAACCCUAGCUUGCCAAAUGGGGCUCACAACAUUAACAGGGGUAGUGAUGGUGCUGCAUCUGUCAGCUCCUGGAUGAAUGGGGGAGAAAGGACACAGGCAAGGAUUUCCAAACAAACAUUGGCUCUUGCAAGAGGUACUAUCACAAGGAUCAGAAAGUGGUAUGGGCAAGCUGAGGCUUGUCUUGUGUUGCCUCACUCUUU